CACACACACACACACACACACCGCCCCAACCCCCGCCUCCAACAUACUUCUAUCCUCCCCGUCCCGCGGGCAGCAGGAGCGGCUGCUGGGCGCCUGUCUCGCACCUGGCCGGUUGAAGGUUAUUUUUAGUGGCGGGUUGGUUGGUGUUGCGGUGUGGGACUCGGGAUAGCUCACUCUCCUCUACAGCCCAACCGGGAGACGCUCACGCCGAGUUACGGAGAAACCUGGGAGAAUAACGGGUAUAACACAUACUGGCCCUCCGUGAGCCUUAACCGGCAGAAUAACAAGCCCAGCUGUCCGGUAAGCGUUAAGGGACGACAUUACCGAGCUUUUCUUAACGGAGCCAGGAUAUUUAAACCCUACGAGCGCACCGUAGCCUACUGAAGCCGUUGUCAGAGAUGGCCAGCACCGGGGCUGAGUGCGAGGAACCUCAUCUUCCCCAGGACGAACCGAGACAUCCCGAGCCUGCAUUCAGAGAGGCGCAGAAGUGGAUCGAGGAGGUGACGGGGAGAAGUUUCGGGGAGAAUGACUUCCGGAGCAGCCUGGAGAACGGGAUCCUGCUCUGCGAGUUACUGGGGUCCAUCAGACCAGGUUUGGUCCAGAAGAUCAACCGACUACCUACACCUAUCGCUGGACUGGACAACCUGUCAGUGUUCCUCAGAGGCUGUGAGGAGUUGGGUCUGAAAGGUUCCCAGCUGUUUGAUCCUGGUGACCUACAGGGACACCUCCGUACGAGCCAACCUCAGCUGUUAACACACUGUGGGCUACUCUGGGAGAACCUCUCCUGUCCCAGCUGUGAACACACUGUGGGCUACACUGGGAGAUCCUCUCCUGUCACAGCUGUUAACACACUGUGGGCUACACUGGGAGAUCCUCUCCUGUCCCAGCUGUAA